CUAAAUUCAUUUCUAAAAACCUUGCUGUUAAGUGACAAACCUACAUAUGCAAACAGUAUUUCUCAGAGACCCAGCUUGCCGAGCAGCCGCCACCGCCACCGCGCCAGAUUCCGGCCGCUGCCACCCUCCGCCGUCCAGCGCCCCUCUGUCUCGGCCCCGGGACCCCGGCUCCCCGCCAGCCCCGGCCCCGGCCCCGGCACCAUGUCGGAAAAAAGCGUGGAGGCAGCGGCCGAGUUUAGCGCCAAGGACCUGAAGGAGAAGAAGGAGAAGGUGGAGAAGAAGGCAAGCCCGAAAGAGCGAAAGAAAGAAGUGGUGGAGGAGAAGGAGAACGGGGCUGAAGAGGAAGAAGAAGAAACUGCUGAGGAUGGAGAGGAGGAAGAUGAAGGGGAAGAAGAAGAUGAGGAAGAAGAAGAGGAUGACGAAGGGUCCACGCUGAAGAGAACUGCAGAAGAGGAGGAUGAAGCGGAUCCCAAGCGGCAGAAGACAGAAAAUGGGGCAUCGGCGUGAGCCCCUGCCAGUAGGCUGGGGGUGGGAGGUCUCUUUGGGCCUGGUUUUGGGGGUGGGGUCAGACAAGUCCAGCCACUCUUCACCUGGCUCCCUGCUCUGGGCCCUGCACCAGAGCUGCCACCCUCUUCUUUCUCCCCAUCCUUCUCAUUUCCUCCUCCCAGUCACUGCCCCCUCCACCCGCACUCUACCAUUGUUCCACCUCCUGACCUGCUCCAUCUGAGCUCCCCAGCUGGCCCCCAAUUGCUCCUCUCUUUGCUCUUUCUCCCUCCCCUCCCAGCCCUGUCCUUCUUCUGGUAGCCUCUCCCACCUAACCUCUGCAUCCCACAGCCUCAUGGCCUGCACCAUUCCUAUCCUGCCUGACCCCUGGAUCUCCCUCAGGCCCCCUCUUCUCAGACAGAGCCAGGCCUGGGUGGGGCCGGGGUUGGGGCCAAGCCCCACAGCUGCCCCCCUCCCCUCCUUUUUUUGUGUAAUUUAAUAAAGAAAUGGUAGCGCUUCUGUUAAAAAAAAGAAAAAGAAAACAAUAUUUCUAUUAAUUUUAAUGAGAAAAUUAUCUCAAUCCAAGAGACCUGAAUAAUUUUAAUGGAAAAAUAUCAACCAAAUAAAGAAAACAUAUUUAUGUCAGUAGUGAACAACAAUUUUAAUGUAAAUAAAUAUUUGGUGCAUAGAA